UUAGUAUAGCUGGCGGAAAAUCAGCCAGCGAGGCGUAACGUGUAAAGAGCGAUGAUCGGGAGAUGCGCGACAGAAGUUGUUUAUAAUUUUAGCUUCGUCAUUUGUUAUGUGCAAAGAGCAGCAGCCGUAUAUAGAGCAAUAUUUGCUCUAGGAGAGAACGAGAGACGCGAGAGUGAGUAUAUGAGCAGAUGGCUUAGCAUUCGAAGGUGUGUUUGAUCUUCGACAGACGCAAGGCAUUUUUGAUUCUGCACGCGUACAUUGUGCCUCUUAUCUUAUUGAUAAUUUGAUCUAUGCCGAUCUAGCCCGAUGGAGUAGGAAACGCAGAGCGCGAGGAUAGUCGUUCGAUAGUCGCCGCUUCGAGAGAAUCAUGGUCUACUCGGUCAGCCAGACGGUCAAGUCGGCGACGAGCCAGAGAUCCUACACGCAAUGGAUCGCGACGGCUGGAGUGUUGCUGCUGAUGCUGCAGACUGGCAUAAUGGCCGGCUGGACGUCGCCCAACAUAGCCCGACUGACGUCCGAGAACUCGACCCUUCCGCUGACGCUGAACGAGGCUUCCUGGGUGGCCUCGUGUCUGAAUCUCGGCAGAUUCGUGGGCGCUUUGCUCGUCCCGGUCCUCAUCGAGUACGUCGGCAGUAAGAAGACCAUCAUCUUCGUCUUCUCCCCCGUCAGCGUCUCCUGGGUCUUCAUGAUGGUCGGCAAUUCGGUGGAGUGGUUCUACGCGGCUCGCUUCCUGGGCGGUAUCAGUUUCGGCAUGGCCUACGGCUGUUUCUCUCUGUUCCUGGGCGAAGUCUCCUCGCCGACCAUCCGCGGAACCCUGAUUUCCAUGGCGAUGAUAGGAGCACCGCUGGGAACCGUGAUCGGUACCAUCUGCGAGUCCUAUCUGCCGAUGAGCGUCUCCAGCGCCUAUCUGGCCCAGUGUCUGGUGGGGAUAAUCCUGUUCAUGUGGCUACCGGACUCGGCUUACUACCUGGUGAAGAGGAAGGACGUGACCGGUGCGCGCAAGUCCAUCGCCUGGUACCGAGGCGAGCAGGAGCUGGACAAGGAGCUGGACGCGGUGCAGGGAUUCGUGGAGGCCAACGCGGGCAAGACCGUGGCGGACAACCUCCGAGAGUUCAAGUCGGCGCCGAUCAGGAAAGCCAUGAUCCUCGUCAUAAUCCUCUUCAUCUUCCCGCAGAUGUGCGGCCUGUUCAACAUCCUCUUCUACAUGGAGAUCAUCCUGACGAAGGGCAAGUCCUUCCUGGUGAACCCCCAGGAGUUCGUCAUCUACGCCAACGUCGUCUCGGUCGUGUCCACGACCCUGGCCAUCCAGUUGAUCGACAAGCUGGGCAGGAGAUUCCUGCUGAUGGUCUCGAGCAUCGGCACCACCACGGCCAUGAUCGGUCUGGGCACCCACUUCUAUCUGCUGAGCACCGACGUGGACCCGGGGAAGCUCCAGUGGCUGCCGAUCGCGUCGAUCCUCCUGUUCACCUUCACCUUCACCAUUGGCUUCAUGACGGUGCCCAGCACGGUGCUCAGCGAGAUCUUCCCGUCGAGCGUGAAGAGCGCCGCGGCCAGCAUCUCCAGCUUCACCUCGGCCUUCUUCGGCUUCGUCGCGGCCAAGGCUUACCAGCCGAUGGUCGACGGCAUCGGCGAGGCCUACGUCUUCUGGAUCCACGCGGGCUUCUCCGCUCUGGCCGUGCCCACGGCCCUGUUCCUCCUGCCGGAGACCAAGGGUAAAACCUUCCAGGAGAUCCAGGACAUCCUGCACCGAAAGUAACGCAGAGCUGCAUCGGGCGUAAUUCAAUCGCCUGUAUGGGCUGCAGGUGUUUUACGCCCAGUAGCGCAGAAAGGGACGUGUAAGUGCGCACACUGUAUAACGAGGUGGCAGCUUGCCAGAGCUGCGGCUCCGCGACCGCAAACUAUCUCUCGGCUCUCUGGAUUGUCGCGCGUAAUUACACUGCCUGACCGGUUCUCUCUUUGACGGAAGUGAGAUUCGUAUCUUGGACGCGGUAUGUAAAUAUACGUAUAACUAUACGCGAAACGAAUUUCCGCGGGGGCGCGCAUAUCACGUGCAGUGUCUCUAAGACCAUUGUGCCGCGCUGGAUGGGAAUUCGGGUCGCUCUCGUUAACCCCGAUCAUUCUCUAAUGAGUCUUUUCUCUCUCUCUCUCUCUCUUCGCAUCUCGCGCUGGCUGAAUGGGCCUCGAGUCAUUACGCGAUCGGAGCCGUUAUCACUUUCCCGUCGUCGUGGCGCUGCACGUUGAGCGCUGUAUGUAUAUAAAACUCGUCGUCGGUGCGGCGAAAAAAGAAGAGCAUCGCUGCUCUGCGUGGGUGGAGGCUUCGAUUAGUCCAGACGCGUAGGAGAGGGAGAGAGAGUUAGAUCAGAGCCUAUGCAAACAACGGGGGAGGAUAUACGCCUACGAGGAUCGCUGAUGCUUCGACGUUCCGUAGGCGAGAGAGUAAACGUCACGUUUCAGCCGCAACGUGCAACAGUAGCGGCGAGAUUGAUCUUCGAGUUUAUCGUGAACUUGGCUUCUUUCAAAUUCCUCUAUAUACCUUCUUUCCAAGUUUGACCGAAUACUCGACCGAAUAUCGCAUGUUGCGUUAACAAGGCGUGACUCUCGCCGUCGGAAUUUACGCAAAUGGCGCACACACGUGAAAAAAGAGAGAGAGAAAGAGAGAGAGAAUAAUAACUCGAGCUAAUUGAAGCGGAUGCGCGGCGCACAAAAAGCUCGUCAUUAGCCAUUAUUCUCUCUCUCUCUCUCUCUCUCUCUCUCUCUCUCUGUCCGCACGUCGGAAUCUCCUGCAUACGGUGCGUAAAUCAGCGCGACUGGCGCCGGUCCAGCUAAUUACGCUCGCAGAAAUCAUUAGCCGCUCGCCGGACAAUUCGAGAAACGCGUACAAUUAUCCCCUCCGCGCACGAUACGACAUUGUUAUCGAAGUCUCUGUGUGUGUGUGUGUGUGUGCAUGCGGAUAUUACAAGUAAAAGCCCGCAUAAAUACUGCAGGGGAGUUUAGAACAAAUUGCGCCGCGCGUCGAUCAGAAAAUCGCUUCAAAGGCGAGAGAGAGAGAGAGAGAGAGAGAGAGAGAGAGAGAGAGAGACGAGAGACCGCAAGCUCAAUUUCCUCAAUAGCGCGCUAAUCAGAGUCCUUUAAGCGUCGGCGACGACGUCAAAAGGCUCGCUCUUACUCUCUCCCACGCGGAGCUUGGAAUCAGCGGCGCUAUGUAAUUGCAUCUUAUAAUCUCUUACGCUCCGACGACGCUGAUUUAUCAUCGCACUUGAGAGCAAUGUGUGUAUAUACGUAUAAGCGCGAGCGUUGGAGUGGAUAAUUGUAGCGGAUUAUUACAUUGUAAGGAAACGAACGAAUGCUUUGUAUAUAAACGAAAUGAUAAAAAUAAACAACGCAAACGCAAUAAAA